AUGAAGGGCUGGGUUGUGUCUGACCCGUCCAGGAGUCCCCCGGCCUCCGUGUCGUUCCCACGCGUGUCAGCGCUGCUGUCGCACGUCCUCCCGGAGCUGCUCCGGGUGCCACCGCGCUCCGCUGUCAACCACCGCCAUCGGCUGACGCCGAAUCAUCUACAUGCUGCAGGUCACAUCUGCAUUCUUAAAGAUGCUUUUGGCUGUGAAAGUGCAACUGAAAUAGCAAAUCUGAUCUUUACAGAGAAGUUUGAUGCAGCCCUGGCCAUUCAUCUUUAUAAAGGAGGCAGACUGCUGCAAGGUUGCAAAAUACCUUUUGGAAUUAUUUUUGGUGGGACAGAUAUAAAUGAAGACAUCAGAUGUGAAGAGAAACACCGGGUAAUGGGAACAGUUCUAGCAGAAGCCAGGUUUGCAGUGGCAUUCACGAUGAAAAUAAAGGAACUGGCAGCAGCAGAAUGGCCGGAUGCUAGGAAGAAAAUAUAUGUUCAAACUCAAGGAAUUAAGACUACGCCGAGUGAAACUUUUGACUGGUAUAGUUUUCUGCAAAAUGCAGGCAUUCCCACAGAUGUGGACAAUUUACACAUUUUUCUUCUGAUAUGUGGACUUCGAAGAAUCAAAGACCCUCUGUAUUUAGUAGAUGUAUUUUCAGACUGGCACAGAAAGGAACCCAGUGUCCAUUUGGGCAUAAUUGGACCUGCAGUUGAUCCACUUUUUACAUGUGAAGUCAAAGAAAAAGUUAAAAGGUAA